CACGCUCACAUGUAUGUGUUAGUGGUGAAGCGGUGACUGUGUGAAGAAUGCGCCCGAUUUUAAUAUGAAAAUACACUUAGCGUUGGCUUUUGCGUGUUUAUCUGUCGACUUCUUCGUGUGUCCAGCAUGUCCGUGAACGCACCACAGCUACUGCAGCUGAUCUACCGCCAUUUGAAGGAGCAUGGUUACCACUCAGCUGCGGAGGAGCUACAGAGGCACAGCCCACAGGGCAAGACAGAAAUAUCUGUGCCAUUACUGGACAUCUACAGUUCCUGGUUAAAUGAUUCGAAAAAGAAAAGGCAGCCGGACUCGACCAAGCACCCUGAUGCUAAAGAACGAGGAAGGACUCCAGCUCAAGCUGCAAAAAUCCAAACUCCGUCCACCUCCUCCAAUCGGCUUCAAGCUGAGGACGACAGCAGCUCAGACAGCGAGGAGCUGAGUCAGAGCCUACUGCCGCAGACUCCCUCUGCUUCCAGUAAAAAGUCAGCCCCCAAGACCCCAGUUAAAAAAGUGGCAGCAGCAUCUCCAAACAAAAGGAAACUAGUGGGCCCAGUCGCAGCUGUACCUGCAGCUCCAGGCGAGUCCAGUGAAACCACUGACAUAUCAGAGAACGAAGGAAAUCUUCCAGCCGUGGUCCGAACUCCGAAGAGGAAAGGCAGCAGCACCUGUGAGCAGGGAGCUGCAGCUGCUGCACCACCAGCAGCUGCAACGGCACUUCCUGUCGCCACACCAAAGAAAAAGAAGGAAAAACCUGCAAAAAAAGCCGAUACACAAAAAAAGAAGCCCGUACCAGCGAAAAGGAAAAAGACUGAAGGUAAAUCUGCAGAAAAUGGCGACGUCAAGGCGAAGAAAUCAAAAACCCAAACAAAAAACAAUUUUGUGGCUGCUGGAGGAGAUGAUUCAGAGUCUGACAGCAGUUUGGAUGUAGAGAAAUGGAAGAAACUGCUCCUGCAGAUGACAGAGGCUGACGUAGCCAAGAUGGACACCAUCAAUGCUCUGGACUCCUCUGCACCACAACCCAAGCCAAAGAGAGUGAGGAAGCCCAGGGCUAAGCCCCCCGCGAAAACAGACGCUCCUGUUCAACAGAAUAAGGGGACGGAUGAAAAGAAUGAAAAGGUGGAAGGCGAAGCCAUGAUGGCAGCGCCAACAAAGAAUAGUAAACCCAAGAAAAGCAGGUCAAAAAAGGCUCCUCCCGAGGCCUCUGCCACCGCGAGCCGAGAGCAAGACAUCAACGCUGUGGAGGACAGAGCAGCUACACCCACUCCAUCCCCGUCAAAACAGACACCAACAAAAGAGAAAAGGAAAGCUGUGACUCCUAAUGAAGAGAAGACUGAUGAGACAGCGUCCGAGCCCAAGAAGAAGAAGAAGAAAAAGGAGACGACAAGAAAAGAAGACAAGGUAAAGGAGAAAACAAAUGAGACUGGUGAGGACGGAAAAGAUGAAGACAGUAAAGAGGAGAAGAAAAAGAAGAAUGAAAUCACAGAAGAAGAGUUGGGUGAUAAACCUGCGGAGGAGACAAAAAAGACAAAAGGAACUAAAGGAGGUAGCAAAAGGAGUAAGCACGAAGAAGAAAUGAUAGAGAGGAGCAAAAAUGGGGGUGUUGAGAAUGAGGAAAUUAUGGAGCCAACAGUGCAGGAAAAGAAAGCCAAGAAGAAGAAAAAGGAGAAAAGCGAUGGUGAGAAGAAAUCGGAGCAAAAAGUUGAAGAAAAUUCAGAGCAGAUAACUGUCAGAGGCGAAGAAAACACUGAGACUGUAAUUGAAGAAAAGAAAACCAAGAAGAAGAAGAAGGAGAAAACAGAUAGUGUGGAAAAUCCAGAGCAGACAGCAGAAGACAAGAAAGUAAAGAAAAAGAAAAAGUCAGCUGAUACUGAGGAAACAUCGGAGCAAAAAGUUCAAGAUAACAAAGAAAAUUCAGAGCAGGUUUGUGAAAAAGUGACAGAAAAUAUGGAGGCAAUAAUUGAAGAAAAGAAAACAAAGAAGAAAAAGGAGAAAACUGAUUGCGAAGAAAAUUUAGAGCAGAUAGUAAAGGAAAAGAAAAAGAAAAAAAAGGACAGAGCUAAUUAUAAUGAGGAGAUGUCAGCGCAGAUAGUUGAAAGUCCAGCCGCGACGCAGAGAUCAGAGAGCUGUGACAGAGAGGAGAAGCCAGAGCAGCUAACUGAAGUGAAGAGGAAAAAGAAAAAGGACUCAUCUUUGAGAAGUGAUUCAGCCGACACAGAGCCACUACCUCCACCCGCCCCUGAGACACCUCAAACAGAGAGGAAGAAAAAGAAAAGCAAGUCGAAAGCCGCUGAAGUCCCUGAAACGCCUGCGGUUUCUGUCCAAGACGCCACAGCGACGAACGUCCUCCAAACACCCUCCACUGACUCCCACAAAAAGAAAAAGAAAUCCUCCAAGAGCACCGAGUUAUGAAGAUGUCUGAAUCUUCAUCGCUGCAGAACCAAAGGAUGAAGGCAGCGCAUCCUCUCCAUCCGAUUUCUAAUCAUAUUUCAAUGGUUAGAAGAAUCACGUAAAACUGUAAAGAGAACAUGGCUUUUUAUUUUGCUAAUUUGUUCUUUUUUUUCCAUGUGUUUGAUGUUUUUACCCACUGAGUGUGGCACACUGUGCCACAGCUGUCGUCUUUUACUUUGUUUUGUGUGAUCUUGCCAUUUUAAUGGCAUGAAUAUGUAAAGGUGAUUUGUGACCGAUUGUUUCAUGGAAUGAAUGAUCCCUCAGAUGAUUUUUCAGUCAUUGAUUGAACAUAAAAAUGUAUUUUAAACUCAUUCUCUUUCAGUCUCAGGAAUGUUUCCCAUGAAAGUCCUAAAUCUUAAUUUUUUUUUUAAUUUACACCUACUGACUCAACUCAUGUGGAGAAGAAUAGAGUCAUCACAACAGAUUUUGUCCAAUUUUAUAUUUAUUCAAAAUUAUAAGGAAAAUGGUUUUAACAGCCUAUUUUGGUAUUGGGUUAAAUUUCUAUGUUUGUGAAAAGCAUGUUUUUUUAAAUGUUUGAUACAGCUUUCAUGUUUGCAUUGUACAUUGUGCUUUUAAUACAAAUUAAA